UUUCAAAUGGCUCUUAUCUUUCCGUCGCCGGAAAUCUCCAGAGUCUUUUCCAACCCUAAUCGCAAGGGCUUCCGAUUCCAGACGAGCAGUGAGAAAUUCGAGUCGAGAUACAGGUCCACGGUUAGGGUUUGCUCCGGGGUAAAGGACAGCGCUGCGAGGACGUCGGAGUUGGAUCGGAAUUUAAGGCCGUACGGGCAGUUCUCGGCUCCGCUGAAGCAGGGGUCGAAGCCGAGCAAGGACGACCAGGAGAAGCAGGAGUAUUAUGUGAAUAUGGGGUAUGCAAUUCGAACUCUCAGAGAGGAGUUUCCUGAGCUCUUCUUCAGAGAGCUCAGCCUUGAUAUUUACAGGGAUGAUAUCACGUUCAAAGAUCCGAUCAAUACUUUUAUGGGCAUUUAGAAUUACAAGUCGAUAUUGGCAGCACUACGUUUCCAUGGCCAGAUAUUUUUCAAGGCGUUGUGGGUUGACGUCAUUAGUGUAUCACAGCCAAUGGACAAUGUCAUAAUGGUUCGCUGGACCAUUCAUGGCGUGCCACGAGUCCCUUGGGAAAGUCGCGGUCGAUUUGAUGGAACCUCCGAGUACAAACUUGACAAAAAAGGGAAGAUCUAUGAGCAUCGUGUUGAUAGUAUUGCUCUGAAUUCGCCUCCUAAGUUUCAGAUGCUAGGGGUAGGCGAUAUUAUGCAAUCUCUUGGGUGCCCCUCCACGCCGAAGCCAACUUAUUUUGAAACUUCAUCAUUGCCAUCUUCAAAGAGAACUUGAUGUUGUCUUGUUCUUUCAAAAUUUUGGGGCAUGUCGUGCACAGUUGAGUAGAUCUCGAGCUAGAGCUGACAUCUAUUGCAACAGUUGAGUAGAUCUCGAGCUAGAGCUGACAUCUAUUGCAUGGAUACAAAAUUGGUUUUGAUUGCAAAAUGUUACCCGAGCUGAUGAGGCUCUGCCAGACACUAGCAUAGCGGAUAUCGAAUGUACUGAUCUGUUAAAACUACUCAGAUGAACAGAUUCCGAGUUCUGAGCUUCCAAGUACAAAUGCUUGCAUACCUUGUAUAGUAUGAGAUAAUUGCAGGUUUCCAUGAUCCUAGAACUCAUUUCAUUGUAAUGUGAUAAUCAAAGAAUGCACAUGGUGAGUCACCACGGCCAUGGAGACACAUCACAUUUGUUACUUCUGAAAAUAAACGCUGAGCUUCGAACUUGGGAGUAUUAACCCUCAUCUAAAUUCGUGCCAUAUUCAAUUGUAAUAUGUUACAGUUCUGGGUUG